CAGUAGGCCCAUUAUGAUCACUUGCCACCUACUUUUGACAUCAUCUAAAACUACUGAAUACUCACUCUGUUUAAACUAAUGGACAGAGAUACCAGAAUUACAAAAAAGCACUGUCCAUAUCCAGGAACCAGAACGUGUGGAAAGAAUUAUCUCCGCCCUCUGUGAUGGGGGAGCCUCCAAACUUCAGGUUAUUACAGAUUUUGAUAUGACUUUAACUCGACUUGCCAAGAACAGCAAAAAAAGGAUAACCUGUUACAGUAUUAUUCAAGACAGCACAUUAAUUAGUGAUGAAUGCAAGAUAAAGAUGAACGAACUUUUCAACUUCUAUUAUCCCAUUGAGAUUGACCACUCACGCAGCAUCGAAGAGAAGUUUCCCCUGAUGAUCGAGUGGUGGACAAAAGUCCAUGAGCUCCUUGUGGAGCAGAAGAUUGAAAAGAGCAAACUGGCCAAAACUGUGAAGGAAUCAGGUGCUGAGCUGAGGGAUGGAUUCAGGAUUUUCUUCGGUGAACUUCACAAACACGGUGUUCCUGUCUUGAUAUUUUCAGCUGGUGUAGGUGAUGUACUGGAGGAAAUCAUUCGGCAGAUUGAAGUCUAUCACCAAAACGUCACGGUGGUGUCAAACUUCAUGGACUUUGAUGAGAAUGGGAUUCUAAAAGGAUUUAAAGGUGAAAUAAUCCAUGUUUACAACAAGCGUGAGGGGGCCCUGCGCAACACCAAACACUUUCAGCAGCUGAGAAGCUGCAGCAACGUCAUUCUCCUGGGAGAUUCACUGGGGGAUCUCAACAUGGCAGACGGAGUCCAAAACCAGGAGAAUAUCCUGAAAAUUGGAUUCCUGAACGAUAAGGUUGAUCAGCUCCUGAACAAAUACCUGGCUUUGUACGACAUUGUUCUCGUGAAUGAUGAAACAUUGGAUGUAGCGAAUGGAAUCUUGAAACACGUUCUCAAUCCCAAUCAUUUGUUAAAUUGCUGUCGGGACAGUUAGUCUGCAAAUGUCAGAAUUACCUCUAUGUUUCAACACUGGGCCAGGUUUGGAAGGCUGUCAGCAAGUUUGUUUAAUGAGGUUUGUGAUGCACAAAAAGGGCAGGUACCGUACAACUGGACUUAAUGUGUUCAUAGUAUGUUAAAAAUGAGGUGGGGAGCCCUUUGUAUCAAAAUCAGCCAAAAGAGUGUUGAUUUUAUUUAGUAUACUGUUCCUUUGUAGAUAAACUGUGUUCUUAAAACAUUUACUUGCAUGACUGAAGAAAUCUUAAUUUCCCUGCCCUAGUCAAACAUUUGCCACUCUGUUUUUAAAUAAAAAUUACAUUUUAAAA